GUGGUAGUAAACUGCUACUGUAUUUAUUUUGUCAUUUCAAAGCUUAAACAUCUUUUAAUCAAAUUCAACAAAAUAUUCACAGAAAAAUAUUUUGUAUAUAAAUCACAUUAUUAAUACAUAAACCGGAUUGAAAUAAAUAUAAAUAACAAUAGCACUGGGAUAUAUUUGGAAAAAUAAAAGAUAUAGCUGUCUAAAUAUUUGCCUUUUCAGUUGAUAGACUCAAUUUCGACUAUUUAAAAAAUUCUUUCAGCAUUGAAUCAGCAAUUAUUCAGUUGACUAUAUCCCUGUAGCAUAAAUUUGAUUUUCAAAAAUUAAGCACAAAAAAGGCAAAAAAAUAGAGACAUUUUGACCAGAUAUAUUAUCACCAGUUCUGACAUCAAUCAUUAAAUAUUUUAAGUCACAAAUUUCAUAAAUACAAUGAGAAACAAUCCAUACAAAACAGAAAGACAUAUUAAUACUGUAACAAUCUGACUAGACUACAGAACUACUGUUUAGUUAUUUUUUUAAUUUAGUUGGGAGCUCAAAAUGUAUUUAUUAUUUUCAUGUGAAUUGUAAACAGUAAAUUAGUUUUAGUUUGAUAUUGUCAUUUUGUACCUUACAUUUUACAACAUAUUAUUGGAUUCAUAUGAUGUAAUUAAAAGUGAUAACACAUCUGUGUUUAUCAAUGCAAAGUGAUUCAAAAUCUUACUAGUUGAAACAAGACUAUGAGUAGUACUAUGUCUUAGUCAAUAUAUUUUUGAAGCAGUUCCAAUUUACAUAAAAUAUAACAUGAGAGUUUGUCUGCUUGUUACAGCACUCACCAUCCGUAAUCACAAAACACAACAUCCAGUUCUAUGCUCAAUCAGAUUGCAAGUAAAGUUAUUUUGAUUUUUGAUAAGGUGGCAGGUUAAAUUUUCAAAAUAAUAUAGGCAGUAAAGGGAAAUGGUUAGAAAUUAUCCAUCCAUUUCUGACUCGAAGAUUAUAGUUAUAUAUACAUAGUUACAGUAACAUUAUAACGAAUCUGGAAAUAAUCAUUUUUGAUUGAUAAAUGCUUAUAUUGACAAUAAUUAACUGAUUAUUUGUAAUUGCUUAAUUAAAUAUGCUAUAAUGUUUUGUGUUUGUUUCGUACUGCAAAUACUUGUUCAAGUCAAAUACCUAAAGGGACAUAACUCUAUUUAAACAUCAUAGUAGCAGCUCUACAAUAGGUGGAUACAAUAAUGAACAACUUUAUAUAUAGAAAUGUGAUAGAAAAUAUCAAAAAUAACAAAAUAAUCAAACCAAAGAUAGGCUCUUAGAUGCGUGAUAGAGAAUACGAAUGUCCUCAAAAUUUGUGUAACCAUUGCCAAGAAAGAUUUUCAAAAUGCUCACUCUUUAUUGAGUGAAGAAGGUAACUUCAAUGGGUGGCUUAUAUUUUUUCAAAAUCAAGAGAGUGUCAAACAUUUGGAGAUGCCACAAAAAAGAAUUGCUAAAAUGUUAUAUGUUGGGAGGUUCAGCCAUCAGCCAAAUACCCUGACGAUUACACUUCUGAAAAUCAGUAAUAAUAUAUCUACUUUAUAGCACCUUAUAACAACUAUUGCAUAUUCAUAGCAGAAAAUGCCUCUCUUUCUACAGUUUGAUUUCUAAACAAUAAACUAACAAAUAACAACAACAUCCCCCAUCCCCAUAACCCUUUUCUCUUAAGUAAUCUUGUUUCAUGGCACAAUAGUAUAAAUAUACAAAUAUUUGUCAAAAUUUCAGUCAUCGUCUACACACACACAAAAUCAUUUUGUUCUAACUAAACAUGAAUCAAAUUCAUACAUCUUUGUUUUUUAUGACAAAACUUUAGCUUGUGAUCUAGAAGAAAUGUCUAAACAAGGAGGAGAAUAUGAAUUUAUAAAGGCAGAGAAAAAAGGAAAUGAUCAAAAUGUAGGUUUUAUUCAACUCAACAGACCAAAGGCUUUAAAUGCUCUGUGUGAUGGUUUAAUGAAAGAAAUUGGUCAAGUUUUAGGAGAAUUUGAGAAAGAUAAAACUAUUGGUUGUAUAGUAUUAACAGGCAGUGAAAGAGCAUUUGCAGCUGGUGCCGAUAUCAAAGAAAUGCAGCAUCGACAGUUUUCUGAAGUGUUCUCUGGGAACUUUCUCAGUCAUUGGAACCAUGUUGCCACUAGCAGGAAGCCUGUUAUUGCUGCUGUCAAUGGUUUUGCUUUGGGUGGUGGCUGUGAGUUGGCUAUGAUGUGUGAUAUAAUUUAUGCUGGUGAAAAAGCUCAGUUUGGUCAGCCAGAAAUAACAUUGGGUACAAUACCUGGUGCUGGUGGAACACAAAGAUUAAUAAGAGCAGUGGGAAAAUCAAAAGCUAUGGAGAUGAUUUUAACAGCAGAUAGAAUGAAUGCACAAGAUGCUUUAGCUGCAGGUUUAGUUAGUAAAGUAUUCCCAGUUGAUCAAUUAAUACCAGAAUCCAUCAAACAAGCUGAAAAAAUAGCCCAGUAUUCUAAAUUAAUGGUAGCCAUGUGUAAAGAAGCUGUCAACUCCGCAAAUGAACUGACAUUACAGGAAGGUCUUCAUUUAGAAAAAAGAUUAUUUCACUCUACAUUUGCUACUAAUGAUCGCAAAGAGGGAAUGACAGCAUUUACAGAGAAACGCCCACCAAAAUUUACUGAUAGUUAAAUUGUUCUCUUGGUACAAGAGGUGAUAAUUAGGAACUGUAAAGCCAUUAUUAUAUUAAAUUUAUAAACGGUACCUCUAUUGCAGUGCAAAAUUCUGUAUCAUAUAAAAAAGUAAAUCAAUUAAAAAAAAUAAAAC